AUGUCUCAAGCAUCAGGAAAGAAAGAUUCUGUCAAGGGCAAGAUUGAAAGAACUUCACUUGGUGUGAAAUGCAUGGGUCUCAAGAGUGGUUCUUCCACAUCAAAGAAGGAUACUGGGAAGAAGAGGUCAAUAACUCCUGCAAGAAAUUUUUACAAGUCCAAGACUCAUGAUGAAGCUCCCUCAAUUGUUCCUCCUUGUGAGGAUGUUUCUGAUGAAGAGGAGAUUUCUGCAGAAAACUCCCCUAUUGGUUCCCAUCAAGAUGAUGUGCCCGAUGCUAAGGCUUCAGAUCCUGAAGAUGUUCCUGAUCAAGAAAUUUCUGGAAAGGAAUCCACUUCUCAUGAAGAUUCUGGUGUACCCACUCAAUCUCAUGGUUCCUCUUCUCCUUCAAAAGAGGAUGAACCAGUGCAUGUGUCCACUGAUGAUCCUCAGUCCAAGGAAUCAAGCCAGGCUCCCGCCUCUGUUCAGAACAUCUCUGAUGAUGUUCCUUUAACUGCUUCUCUUCCUGAUAGUGUUGCUGCCAGGAUCAAGAGAAAAAGAUGGGUUCCAGAUGUUGAAGAAUCUCCUGCCCCAAAGAAGAAGUCCAAGACCACUCCAGCAACUUCCAAGUCUAAGCAAAGAGAUGUGAAGGGAAAAGGUAAGCAACCAGAGGUUAAAGCCAAGAGUGCUAAGAAGAAGAAGGUUCCAGAUGCUGUUGAGGAAUCUGGGUCAGAUGUUGAGGAGGAUGUCGAUGACAUCUUUCCUUCUAAGAAGAAGAAGUAUGCAGGUAAACACAUUCCUCAGAAUGUCCCUGCUGUUCCUAUUGACAAUGUGUCUUUUCAUGCUGAAGGAAAUGUUCAGAAGUGGAAGUAUGUGUGUCAACGCAGAAUUGCCAAGGAAAGGGAAGUUUUCUCUGAUGUGCUUGAAUGCAAGGAAGUGAUUGCAAUCAUUGAGAAGGCUGGUCUGAUGAAGACCAUUCUCAAGGUUGGAAGGUGUUAUGAGAGACUGGUAAAGGAAUUUCUGGUGAAUCGUUCUGUGGAAGUGGGACUUCCUGAGAGUGUUGAAUUCAGAAAAGUGUUUGUGACGGCUAAGUGUGUUGAGUUAUCUCCUGUUGUGAUCAACAAUGCACUUGGUAGAAGUGUUGUUGAAUUUGUUGAUGAGGAAUUAUCCUUGGAUGUGGUUGCCAAGGAGAUUACUACUGGCCAAGUCAAGAAGUGGCCUAUCAAGAAGUUGUUGUCCACUGGAAAUCUGAGUGUGAAAGUUUCUGCUACUCUUGCCAAGUUGAUCUACAAAAUUGGCACAUCUACUGAUUUUGAUUUUGGCUCGUUUGUGUUUGAGCAGACCUUGAAACAUGCUGACACAUGUGUUGUGAAGCUGCCAGUCUCAUUUCCAUCUCUUCUUACAGAGAUCAUUCUCCAACAGCAUCCUCAGAUCAUCAGGGCUGAUGAGGUUGCUAUGCCCAAGGGUGUUCCAAUUACCCUGGAUCAUCGUUUGUUCAUGGAGCCGCAUGUCCCAGACAUUGUUGUGUCAGCUAGCAGGACUUCUUCCCCUGCCCCUGUGAGUAAAUCUGGCACUAAGGUCAUUAUUGCUGAAUUACAGGAAUCCUCUAAGGCUUUGCAGGAGACUAUCAAGAUCAGCACUUCUAGGAAGCUGAAGGUUGAUGUUUUGCUCCCCAAGCUUCAAAAGGAAGAAGUUCAAGGAGGUGAGCCAAGUGUUGCUGCUCCUGCUGCUCAUGAAGCAAGCACUGAAGAAGAGGGAGGAUCUGAAGAAAGUACAGAGGAAACUGAAGAGGACUCUAGUUUUGAAGCAUGA